CCUUGGCUGGCGGCGGGUGCGCGCUUCCUCCGCGAGAGUGUGCUGCGGUCGCGGCGCGCGAGCGUGCUGCUGGACGGCGUGGACGAGGCGUGCCCUGCGCACAAGGCCAAGGCGCUGGCCGUGCUGCGCGUGCUGCGCGAGUGGCGGGUGGCGCGCGUGUGGGUGACUGCGCGCCCGGCGCUGCAGGAGGAUCUGGCGCAGGCGCUGCAGUGCGCUCCGCUCGGGUUGCGCCCUCUGUCGGAGGACGAGCAGCGGCGGUACCUCGCGCAGCGCUGGGGGAAAUCCUCCGAAGCACAGAAUGUGAAUGAGCGAGUUAAUCAUUUCUUGGGAGCCUUGCAAAAUGCCACAGAAUAUCAUGGCCACUCUUUGUCAGGCGUCCCCCUGUACACACACAUCCUCGCUGAAGCCUACAAGAACGAACCCUUCCAAACAGAUGAAAGCCAUUCUCAAGACUCGCUCUCACUCAUAAACUUCAUGACAAUCAUACGCAAAUUCGUUGAAGAAACAGAGAAGAGGUAUUGGAAGAAAAGUAGAAUACCACAAACUACACUAAUUAACUAUGGAAUUUCCCGACAAUCAAAGUUUGUGACGAUGCAUCAAAUAUGUGCAAUUUUCUUGCUGUUCAAUGAUAAAAAAAUGCUUGGAAAUUACUAUCAUAAGGUCAACGACGCAGUCAAUAAAAUUGUUAAAAAAUUUGAUACUGAGAGGAAAGGAAUUUUGACUAAAGUUAUUGACGGGAAACCGAAGUUUAUGCAUCAGACAUUUGUGGAAUAUUUUGCUGCGUCGUGGCUCUGUGAUCAUUUUCAAGAUGUACCUGAGUUAAUCAACUACGUGUAUGCCGACUAUGGGAGCGAGGUGCCCAGCUUCCUGGACGCGCACCUAUCGUGGGGGCUGCGCCUGCACGAGGCGGCGCUGGGCGGCAGCGUGCGCGGCGUGUGCGAGGCGCUGCGCGCGCACGCGCCCGUCAUUGCGGUGGACCGCGGGGGCCGCACGGCCCUGCACCUGGCGGCGGCGCGCGCGCUGCCCGACGUGGUGUCCACUCUGCUGGCCGCCGGCGCGCCGCCCGCCGCGCGCGACCAACUGCUGCGCUGGACGCCGCUGCGCUACCUGGACGCCGCCGCCGGCCGCGCCAGGGCCAACGCGGAGCAACUGCUGCGCGCGGCCGACGCUCUGCUGCGCGCGGGCGCAGAUGCGCGCGACGCGCCC